UUUUUUCCCCUGAAAGGCGGGAAUAUUAUUGCUGAUAGUUUCUCACAGAGGGAAAAAACGAAAAGUAAAGUCCCAGUAGGAUUUCAAGAGAAACAUGAAAAUCCUCAGGAUUGAAGAUAGGCUUGACAUCAGGAUUGAGAGACCUGAUGACCAAAAACAAAACAAAACAUAAAGCAAAAUUCCAAGCCUUCUAAAUACAUUCAAUAAAACCCACAAGAUCUGCUCUGGCAGUUAACCCCACCAUAAUCCUUAAAAAACUGACUCUGCAACUAAUAUAAGAAUAAACCAAAGGUGAAGGAGCCCGCAGGAAACUUCAAUGUGAGUUGAAGAUAUCUCCAUUUCGAAGAAAAAGUCGAGGUAUGUAGAAUUGUUGUAGUGUCUGUCAUGAUUGAUGAAGAAUUCCAAGGUCAAUGAGUGCCUACGGCAGCCAUACAAACCAAAGUCUUGCCUUCAAACCUGAAGGUCAAUGUUGUUUAGAAUGUUCAAACAAAUGGCAUUUAUACUUAUCUUCCAAGCAAAUAGCUUUCAAACUAGACAUCGGUGGACAUGGACAUCUUCUCUUUCAGUGCUUGUUUCCUCAUCAUCUUCUUUAAAGCUUCCAACGCACUCGACAAGAUUUCUCCAUCUGAGUCACUCACUGAUGGCACGACCUUGGUCUCUAGUGAUGGAAGCUUUGUAUUGGGUUUCUUCACUCCGGGGAGUUCCGAGAAUCGUUACUUGGGAAUUUGGUACAACAACAUCCCGAUGCAAAAUGUUGUAUGGGUUGCAAACAGGAUAACCCCGAUAAAUGACACCACUGGCUUGCUGAAGAUAGAAAGCACUGGCAGAGUCGUGCUUCUAGGUCAGAACCAAACAACUGUUUGGUCAAUUAAUUCCACAGGAGCAGCUCAGAAUACGAUUCUGCAGCUCCUGGAUUCAGGCAAUCUUGUUGCCAGAGAUGGAAACGAUGGUGAUUCAGAGAACUACUUCUGGCAAAGCUUUGAUCAUCCAACUGAUACAAUGUUACCAGGGAUGAAGAUUGCACCCAAGAAGCCUUACAAGAUUCCGAUGCUGAAGUGCUUGCAGAACUGUUCUUGUAUGGCAUACACUAAUUUAGAUAUUAGAGGAGGAGGUAGCGGCUGCGCCAUGUGGUUUGGUGAUCUAAUUGAUAUUGAGCAAUUUCAAUCAUAUGGCCAGGAUCUUUACAUCAAAGUCUCUGCUUCAGAAGCAGAACUGAAAAACACGCGUAAGGCGAAGCUGGCCGUCAUAAUUGCAACACCAAUUGCUUUGUUCUUGGGGAUUCUUGUAGUCAUUUAUUACAUCCGGAGAAGAAGGAGAAAACUAGAAGAUGAAGUUGAAGAAACGAUUGAAAAUGAUCAAAAGAACCAAGGCCAGAGUGAAGAUAUGGACCUUGCUGUAUUCGAGCUAGAAAUGCUGGUUUAUGAAUACAUGCCUAACAGAAGUCUUGACUCGUUUAUUUUUGAUCAAAGAAGGUGCAAAGUAUUAGAUUGGCCCAAGCGUUUCCAAAUUAUCUGUGGGAUUGCUAGGGGACUACUCUACCUUCAUCAAGAUUCCAGAUUGAGGAUUAUUCAUAGAGAUCUAAAAGCUAGUAAUGUUUUGCUUGAUAGUGAGAUGAACCCAAAAAUUUCAGAUUUUGGCAUGGCAAGAACUUUUGGAGGAGACCAGACUGAAGCCAAUACCAACAGAGUGGUUGGAACUUAUGGUUAUAUGGCACCAGAAUAUGCUAUUGAUGGGCUGUUUUCGGUAAAAUCAGAUGUGUUUAGCUUUGGCAUAUUGUUGUUGGAGAUGAUAAGUGGAAGAAAGAAUAGAGGAUUUUAUCAUCAAAAGCAAAGGGGCAACCUUAUUGAACAUGCAUGGAGAUUAUGGAAAGAAGGCAGGCCUUUGGAUCUUGCCGAUGAUUUCUUAGCAGAGACUGGCAGUCCAUCACAGGUGUUACGAUGCAUCCACAUUAGCCUGUUAUGUGUACAACAGCAUCCUGAGGAGAGGCCAAGCAUGUCAUUCGUGGUUCUGAUGUUGGGAAGUGAGAAUGAAUUGCCUCUGCCUAAACAACCUGGUUUUUUGUUUCAAAAGAGUCCUUUUGAAGCAGAUACUUCAUCCGUUAACCAUGGAUCAUCUUCGAGAAACGAAAUAAGUUUAUCACUUUUAGAGGCUCGAUAGACGGUGAUAUGCUUCAUUAAACCUAUUAUGCCCCAAACUAUCAGUGAUGAUUCCAAUCCCACUCGAUGUUUGGGGCAUGUGCUUUUAGAGCAAAUGCUGAGAAAUGUUUCAGAAAUCAACAUGCAAUCAAGAACAAAUAGUAGUGUUGUAUUUAUUCGAUUGAUAGAUAGAUUGAAGGA